AUGGCCAACACCGCACAUUUAUUCCGUAGACAAAGCUCACGAGAUCUGAAUCAGCAUGCGACAGUGCGCAGUAUAGACGAGCUCGAGCUUAAGGAGCUGCGCAGUCGGCUGGUGCGUGCCGAGAACGGAUCCCAGACUGUUAUCUACGGGGCCACGAACCAGGCGUUCAUCAGCGACGAUGAUCCGCCGAUGGCGCAGAUGCUCGAUAUCGGGUUGUCGUCGGAUUCCGGACCGGUUCCGUCGUUUCAGCGGCAGCCGCACCAAGCCGGCACCAGGAAGGUGGCCAUGCAGGCGUCGAUCGCUUCCGACCACGGGCCCGCCAUCGAAGAGAAGCCGGAGGAUGAGCGCGAGAGCUGGGACAGCAAGUGGACCUUCCUGUUGGCUACGAUUGGCUAUGCCGUUGGUCUGGGAAACGUGUGGCGCUUUCCGUACCUGGCGCAGAAGAACGGGGGUGGAGCGUUCCUGGUACCGUACUUUAUCAUGCUGCUGCUGCAAGGGUUGCCUAUCUUCUACUUGGAGCUGGUAAUCGGGCAGCGGCUCCGGAAGGGCGCUAUCGGUGUAUGGCACGAGGUGUCGGUGUACCUAGGCGGUAUCGGCAUCUCGUCCGCAUUCGUCAGCUACAUCGUGGCACUGUACUACAACACCAUCAUCGCCUGGUGCUUGAUCUAUCUGCUGCAUAGCUUCGAAACACCGCUGCCGUGGGCCGAGUGUCCGAAGCGGCUGUUCAGCAACUUUACGUAUGACAUCGAGCCAGAGUGCGUGGUUUCGUCGCCCACCAAGUACUAUUGGUACCGGGAAACGCUACAGGUGUCGCCCAACGUGAACCAGCCCGAGCAGAUCAACUACACUGUGGCGAUGGCGCUGAUUACGGCGUGGUCACUGGUGUACCUCUGCAUGGUCCAGGGCAUCACCGAAUCGAGCAAGAUCGUGUACAUUACGGCGAUCUUUCCCUACGUGGUGCUCAUUAUUUUCUUCUUCCGCGGUAUCACCUUGAAGGGAGCACUCGAUGGCAUUGCGCAUCUGUUCACACCCCGUUGGGAGUCGAUACUGGAGCCGGUCGUUUGGCUGGAGGCAGGAACGCAGAUUUUCUUCUCGCUCGGCCUUGCGUUCGGUGGGCUCAUUGCGUUUAGCUCGUACAACCCGGCCAACAACAACUGCUACCGCGAUGCGCUCGUAGUCUCGAUCACCAACUGUUCGACGUCAAUGUUCGCCGGCGUGGUUGUAUUUUCCGUGAUCGGGUUCAAGGCUACCUCCAUCUACGACAGCUGUGUCGAAGAACGCGCCGAAAUGGUACGGUUGAACAGAACGACCGACCUACUGCCACCCUGUGACCUACAGAAGGAGUUGGAAAAUAGCGCAUCGGGGACCGGGCUGGCGUUUAUCAUUUUCACCGAAGCCAUCAACCAGUUUCCGGCCGCUCAGCUGUGGGCGGUGCUGUUCUUUUUGAUGUUGUUCACGCUUGGCAUUGACUCGCAGUUCGGCACGCUCGAAGGCGUCAGCACCUCUCUGAUGGAUAUGAAGCUAUUCCCGAAUGUGCCGAAGGAAAUCAUCACUGGCGUUCUGUGCCUUUCGUGCUGUGUCAUUUCGAUGUGUUUCGCGAACGGUGCUGGUAGUUACAUAUUCCAGCUGAUGGACAGCUUCGCCGGCAGCUACACGCUGUUGAUUAUUGCAUUUUUUGAGUGCAUCGGCGUCAGCUACAUCUACGGUCUCAAGAGGUUUGCCGACGAUAUCGAGCUGAUGACCGGCGCCCGACCCGGCCUGUAUUGGAUGCUGUGCUGGAAGUACAUAUCGCCGAUCGCGAUGAUCACAAUAUUGGUCGCCUCAUUUUUGGAGCUGGCGUCUGAGGGGAGCAGCUACCCGGGCUGGAAUCCGCUCACCGGCACCACGAACCAACAGGAGUGGCCGUACUGGUGUAUCGUCGUCGCGAUCCUACUGAUCCUCGUGUCAAUUCUCUGGAUUCCGGGCGUAGCUAUCCUCCGAUUAUGUGGCAUCAAUAUCAUCGAGGACAGCGAACCGGCGUGGUUCCCGUCGGCCGAGCUUCGAGACGUGCACGGCAUCGUACCCCACGAACCGACAGACAUCGAAAUCUCCUUGCUCUGUAUACGAGCCGACGGGUCGGAGGGUCUUUGCUGUCCGACGUACGGGCCCCGUGAGCAGCCGCUCGACGAGGAGGAUUAAAGCGCAGCACGUGUACGUAGGUAUUAGAUCCCUCACAGCUUCGUGCAGUGUACACAAUUUGUUUUUUAAAUAACGAGAUUUCUGUUUGAAAUAUAGAAAGCACCCACAUCUGUUAGUGAGUAACCUGGUUUGAAAGGUACGUUCCUCUUUCAAACGUAUCUGAUUUCAUGCAAAUCGGAUGACGGAUUAAACAGUUUCGCACGUUUAUGUGUCAGCACUUUUCAAGCUAUACGUUACUAACUAAUAGAUAUGGCUGCAUUUUACAUUGGAAAAAAAAUCUCGUUAAUUCAAAUAAAUACGCUAUGCUUUCUUCGGCAUGUAAAAAAGCUGCGAACACAUCACCAUAUAUCUUUCAAGACUCGUGCCACCGUUACCAGUAGUGAAAGUAAGAGGGAGAAAGAGAAAAAGAGAGAAGGAGGAAAAAGAGAAAGAGAGAAAAAGAAAGAGAAAGAAAGAAGACCUCAUCGAAAUGGUGUACUCAAGGCAGAUCAUUGAACAUAUUUUAACAUCCUAUUUAUAUACGGUAGAACUGUCUAUCUUAGCUGUGGAUAAUUAAUGAACUAGUUUCUAUCCAUCCGUGCAUAUACCGAAAACAGAUAUACUGAUUUGUAAAUGUGUACAUACUUGCAUACAUAUACACAAGUAUAUGUAUGUGGUAAAGGGAGUAGCAAUACACACUACUGUUACUGGGGUUUAAUGGUUUAUUAGGUGCCAAUUCAUGUUCUACUCGCUAUUUUAAGUAUUAGUAUUGGGAUUUACUGUUGAGACAACUGAUGAGGAAAACAUACUACAUUCGUGUCUAAAUAUAUAUAUACAUAUAUAUACAUAUAUAUAUAUAUAUGAACAAAAGUAGUAUAGCCAGAGUAUAUAAAGGAGAUAAAUGUAAAGAAUACAUUGCAUCUGCUUUGUAUAGGCAAUCGAAUAGUAAGCAUAAAGCACAGGCGCCGGCAGAGACACGUCACAGUGACAAUAACGAGAAACUGAUAACAGGGGCAGAAUUGGCUAAUAGAAGUGGGAAUGGGGGAGCAGUCGAGUCAUGCCCACGAUAGGACCCAUACACAUACUGGGCCGCGCUAAGCUACCGAACCUAGCAUAUCAAUGUUUUUUGAUCCAAAUUACACUUGUUAGUUGGAUCCUCUAUUAUACACUGUAAUUCAUACGAGAAGGAAAUUCCGAACGUUAUCUUCCCCGUACACCGAAAACUGACAAUAAGCGAACCAGUGAUCGAUCGUUCACUAGAACUUUGCAAACAUUAUCGAACGCAACUGGUCUGAUAAAAAAAAAACGAAAACAUUAUAUUUACCUAAUACACUAAAAAGAAGAAUGUAAUAAAACAGAGCAACUUGAUCCUUCAAACAAAAUAAAGUUAUACAUGAUUAUUGUUAAACAUCUGAAGUCAAAUGCGCGCCUGCUAACGCGCUAUUUCGCUCCAAAUGGAGGUCCAGGGACAGUAAUGCUAAACAAAUGGAGGUCCAGGGACAGUAAUGCAAUGCGUCAACGCUACAUCAGGGCAGAUUCUUCGUUACGCUAG